AUGUUAAGUGCUUUGCGCUGGGACGGAAGGCCGUGUUUGCGCUGGUGUGGAAGCUUGGGUGGCACCGGCUGCUAUCGGGCGGGUUUUGAAACUUUGAGUCAUGGGUCGCGAAGCUUCCACCACAAAAUCCGCCCCUCUGCCCCGCAGUCUCGUGCGCUGCUCGAGAACUUUCCAGCAGCAGCCACCACCACAUUUCCGGCCGUGAACGUCGUGCCCUUGUACACAACGCUGAUCAACCCGCGCCGCCGAAUCGCGUUAACCUCGAAUACCGCUUAUUGUCUUUAUCACCGCCAAUCUUCCAGGUCGUCAUCGAGAAUGGCCGGAGUCGAGUGGACUGGACCCCGCGUCCGCAAGACGUUCCUGGAUUAUUUUGCGGAGAGGGGCCAUGCAAUUGUUCCUUCAUCCUCGGUCGUCCCUCACAAUGACCCCACCUUGUUGUUUACGAAUGCGGGCAUGAACCAGUUCAAGCCCAUAUUUCUCGGGACCAUUGGCAAGACUGAGCCUCUCGCACAGCUAAAGCGUGCAGUCGACACACAAAAGUGCAUUCGCGCUGGCGGGAAACACAAUGAUCUUGACGAUGUUGGCAAGGACAGUUACCACCACACAUUUUUUGAAAUGUUGGGGAACUGGUCCUUCGGCGACUACUUCAAGAAAGAUGCCAUCCAAUGGACUUGGGAACUCCUAACCAAGAUCUAUGGCCUAGACCCCAACCGCCUUUACGUGACAUACUUCGAAGGCAACCCCGAUUUUGGUCUCGAGCCGGACCUCGAGGCCAAGCAGCUGUGGCUCGAUGUCGGUGUCCCCGAGGCCAACAUUCUGCCCGGAAACAUGAAGGACAACUUCUGGGAGAUGGGCGAUCAGGGGCCGUGUGGCCCCUGCAGUGAGGUUCACUAUGACAAGGUUGGGGGCCGGAACGCUGCCCAUCUUGUCAAUCAAGACGACCCUCUUGUGGUGGAGAUAUGGAACAACGUGUUCAUGCAGUUCGACCGGCAGGAGGACAAGACCCUCAAGCCCCUCCCCGCGAAGCACAUCGAUACUGGUAUGGGUUUCGAGCGCCUUGUGUCCGCCCUCCAGGACAAAAUCUCCAAUUACGCCACAGAUAUCUUCACCCCGUUGUUCGCGAGGAUACAGGAGGUUACCGGCGCACGACCCUACACCGACAAGUAUGGGAAUGACGACGUUGACGGCAUCGAUACCGCUUACCGUGUGGUCGCCGACCAUAUCCGCUUGCUCUCGUUUGCGAUCGCUGAUGGUGCGGCCCCUAACAACAUUGGGCGUGGUUAUGUGGUUAGGCGUGUUCUCAGGAGAGGUGUGCGGUACGCCCGCAAGUACUUCCAGGCCGAGAUUGGCACCUUCUUCUCGAGCAUCCUACCCGCGCUGGUUGAGCAGAUGGGCGAGCAAUUCCCUGAGCUCAAGAAGGCACAGGAGGAUAUCAAAGAGAUUUUGGACGAGGAAGAGGUUGCUUUCGCGGUCACCUUGGACCGUGGCGAGAAGCAAUUCGAGAAGUAUGCUGCGCUCGCAGUCAAGUCCGGAGGAAACAAGCUUUCUGGUGCCGACGUAUGGCGUUUGUACGACACUUUUGGGUUCCCCGAGGAUCUGACGAAACUCAUGGCGGAGGAGCGUAACCUUACCAUUGAUGAGGCCGAGGUUGCGGUUGCCCGCGAGAAGGCGAGGGAGGCGAGCAAAGCCGUCAAGGAAGCUGUUCAGACAUUCCCCAAGCUCAACGUCCACCAGAUCGCGGAACUGGAGGGCACCAUCAACCUACCGCGCCCGAACUCGGACGCCAAAUACAAGAAAGGUGAUAUCAAAGCCAAGGUCCAACUUCUCUUCACGGGCAGCGAGUUCCUCAAGACGAGCAAAGAUCUUCCACAAAACACCCCUCUUGGUGUGAUCCUUGAUAAGACCAACUUCUAUGCCGAGUCCGGUGGCCAGGUCGCGGAUACUGGCAAUCUCCUCAUCGAUGGUGUCGCCGAGUUCAAGGUUCUGGAUGUACAAGAGUAUGCGGGCUACAUUGUGCACAACGGCUAUCUCGAGUACGGCGAGCUUACCGCUGGUGACGAGGUGAUUUGCGAGUAUGACGAGCUCCGCCGACAGCCCAUUCGGAACAACCACACCGGGACGCAUAUUCUUAACCACGCGUUGAGGGAAGUCCUGGGCGACGAGGUAAACCAAAAGGGUUCGCUUGUUGACCAAGAAAAGUUGCGGUUUGAUUUCAGCCACAAGAGCGGUGUCACUUUGGAAGAGAUCAAGAAGAUCGAGCAGUUGUCCAACGAGGAUAUCACGAAGGAUCUCAAGACCUAUGCUAAGGAUGUUGACCUGGACCAGGCGCGGGAGAUUGAGGGCCUGCGCGCUGUUUUCGGCGAAACGUACCCCGACCCCGUGCGCGUCGUGUCCGUCGGUGUUGACGUCGACGAGCUACUCAAGAACCCCAAGAACCCAGAGUGGCGCAAGGUCAGUGUUGAGUUCUGCGGCGGCACCCAUGUGGAGUCUACUGGCAUUAUCAAGGACCUGAUCAUCGUCGAGGAGAGCGGUAUCGCCAAGGGAAUCCGGCGUAUCGUUGCCUACACUGGGGACGGCGCGAACCAGGCGCGGCGCGACGCCAAGACCUUCUCCCAAAAGCUCGACCAUAUUGAGGCCCUUGAGUUUGGCACGCAAAAGGCGGCCGAGAUCAAGGCAGCGGCUGUCGAGCUCGACGCGCUGACCAUCUCGGCGCUGACCAAGGAAGAGCUGCGGCAGCGGUUUACCAAGAUCCAGAAGGAGGUUGUGGAUGAGCAGAAGAAGAGGCAAAAGGCGGAGAGCAAGACCGCACUUGAUACGGUCCAGGGCCACUUCAAGAAGGAGGAGAACAAAGACGCCAAGUUUUUUGUCGGCCACUUGCCCAUCUCGGCCAACGCCAAAGCGCUCUCAGACGUCAUCACCUACUACAAGUCCAAGGACAAGGAGCGGACCGUCUAUGUGUUUGCGGGUAGCAAGGACGAUGCUGUUAUGCAUGGUGUCUAUGUCGGCACGCACCUCUCCUCCAAGGGUGUUACCGCCGAGCAGUGGACCACUGCCGUCACCGAGGUCAUCGGCGGGAAGACGGGCGGCAAGGAGCCCAGCCGGCAAGGCGCUGGUGCGGAGCCGGCCAAGCUGGACGAGGCCGUUUCCAAGGCGGAGCAAUGGCUGACAGAUAAGUUGAAGGAGUUGAACAUUUGA